AUGGGCCCUGUGGCUCGUGAAUACACCAUUCACCUCCACAAGUACAUCCAUGGCGUUGGCUUCAAGAAGCGUGCUCCCCGCGCUGUCAAGGAGAUCAAGAAGUUCGCCGCCAAGGCCAUGAGCACCUCUGACGUGCGCGUGGACCAGGACCUGAACAAGGCUGUGUGGGCCACCGGUGUCCGCAACGUGCCCUACAGGAUCCGCGUCCGCGUUGAGCGCCGCCGCAACGAGGAUGAGGAUGCCAAGGAGGAGUUCUACUCCUACGUCAGCUAUGUCCCUGUUGCUUCCUUCAAGGGCCUGACCACCGUCAAGGUCGAGGGUGGCGAGGCAUAA